AUUAGAAUUCAUAUUUGGUUUGUUUUAGUUUUUCCUACCAAAUCCCGUAACCUUCCUACCUUGCCCGAUUCGCUUUCCAGCGGCCAAAUGCGUUCUUCAAUUUGAAGAUUCAAGAUUGCUGUUGUCCAAGCUUUUGCUGUAUGCCCAAGCCUUCUUCAACCUCUAUUCAAAGAAUCAUCGGUGGAGUUCAGGCCUCUUUCUCUUUCAUCGCUCCCACUUCUGCCGUAUUCCAUAUAAAACAAGGAAGAAGAAACUGAGACAGACGGUCGGAUGGUUCAGUAUGGUAAAACAGUCACAAGACAGAACUAGUGAUUGAUCAGCAGCUCCUUGAUUGCAGAUCAAGUGUUGCACUGGUAAUCAAACAACUCUUUUUCGAAAGAGAUUUCAUUGUGAAGUCAUUCCAUUGUGGGAUUAGCCUCUAAUGCUAAUAAAACUGGUGUGCCUCAUAACGUGUCCUUUCCUGCCCAAUCAAUGCCCCUUCUGCUUUAUAUUUAUGUACCGAAUUCAGAGUAUACAGACAGAUCCCUAGAGUUUAGGAGCAAAAGAUGCGUCGAUACAAAGACGAGACUCCUGCAGUGCGCGUAUACACCGUCUGCGACGAAUCUAGAUAUUUGAUUGUGAGAAACGUUCCAGCAUUAGGAUGUGGUGACGAUUUGAUGAAAUUGUUUGCUAACUACGGAGACAUUGAUGAAUGUAAGCCUAUGGAUGCAGAGGACUGUGAGGCAUUUACUGAUGUUUACUUUGUCAAAUUUCACCGGUUCAGCAAUGCCAGAUUUGCAAAACGAAAACUGGACAAGUUUGUUUUUCUUGGAAAUAGACUGGAGGUUUCAUAUGCUCCUCAUUUUGAGAGUGUGGAUGAUACCAAGGACAAGUUAGAAAACAGGAGAAAGGACGUUCUAGCUAGACUGAACUCUGGAAGAUCCAAAGGGCCAACAGUUCAUGAUUCAGGCAGUUUAAGUGAUUCAUCAUUGGUUGCAGCUCCUUCUCAAUUUAACUUAGCUUCACAACAAAGAAUGUGUGAAAAAAUGGACUUUAGAGAAUCACAAUCUAUUUGCCAAGUGAAUGGUUCUUCCAUUGCUUUAUAUGUGGACUCUAGUAAAUCACAACAUAUUGAUCAAGUUAAUGAUUUGCCAAUCACAAGAGUUUCCUCUGAUAAGGACUAUUUUUCAUCCCAAUCAAUGAAUCAGACAGUUCGAUUUGUGAGGGAGAAGUUGAAUAAGAUCGAAUCAAGUACAGAGCACCUACAAGUUGAACCUGCAUCUAAGAAAAUGAGAGUAGACAAUAGGAGGAGAAUCUAAGAACUCCUUCUGGCGAAAAGAACCAAUCAGAUUUUUCAGUGUUCUUCAUUCACCAUUAUUAUUUUGCUUCUGUAACCUUCAUGGAUUAAGUAUAUAUACCUUAGAAGGCAAGCACCUGUAAAGUAUGCUUUAGUUCUUGAUUCUUGACAUAACAGAUUUUUCCAUUUGGCUUCUUUUUUCUUUUAUUUCGAAACCGAAUCAAACGAAACUUAUUCUGUAUAUUGUUGAAAUAUUGCACACUAAUGUACAAUUUGGUCUUGUUAUAUAUAUAGAGAAAACACUUACUA